AUGCCGUCCCCUGCCUGUGACCGAUGCCACUCUAUAAAAGCGCGGUGCCUGACAGGCCCCGCAGGCAGCUGUUAUCGAUGCUAUCGUCUGAAGCAUUCUUGCACGUACUCCCGAUGUCGUGGAAAGCGAGGUCGAAAACCAAGAAUUGCUGUUCCUGAGGGGUCGGUAACUGAUUCAAGUGAUGGACUGACCACAAGCUUGGCGUCACCGCUCCCCAGCUCGCCAAACAAUGCCACCGAGGACACGACUCAACCCCAGGAAGAAGAUGAGGGUGAAGCUCCACAUAAGUCCGAGCUUUCGGAGAUAUUAUUUCAAGAGGGCAUCAUCUCCCCAGUCGCAGAAUGCACCUCAUUCCAAGUAUGCGCCUUUUACUCAUUUGGACCUCGGCUCAGCUUCGAGAUGAGCCAAAUGAUUCACUGCCGGAUGGAGGAAGCCCCUUCCCUUCUUCUCCACCCAUAUGAAGCAUUUGCUCGCGUGCUGUAUCGAUGCAUGACAAACCAGACGCCUUGUAGCAACGAAGAGUGGUCCAUGGGUGCAUCCGCUUUGAAAGCCCUACGGAAUGCGCAAAUCACAAAGGCCGAGUAUGUGGGCGGUAUCUUGGCCCUGGGCACGAGCUUAGUGGGCUUCCACCGUCUGAUAUCUGGGGUGUCGGCUAGUACCAUCUGUCGACAUACCUUGAGUCUCAUUCGGCCGCUGUACUAUGCCGAUGAGCUGCGAGACUUCGACAUAAAAGAGCUCCUAUGUCUUAUCUUUCUAGAUACAACUCAGUCAUUGUUCCGAGCUUGGAUCCCGGUGAUUGAAUAUAGGAUUCGAGAUCCCUACAUUGUCAAUCACUAUGCGGGUCUGUGUGCUCCUCUGCUGCCACUUCUGUAUCGUGUCUGUAUCGUGGGAGCGGCUGUUCGUACAGGUUAUGGCGACAAGGUCUCCCCGGAGGACUUUGAAUGUCUUACAGAUGAACUCAAAGCAUGGUCACCAAACGUAUCGAACGAUACACUGAAGCGCUUCUCGGACAACGAGAUGCUUCUGCUUCUCUCACAGGCUAACCUUCAUCGAACGGCCACACUUCUUCUCUUGCAUCGACUUCAAUACCCAUUUGGAGAGCGAGACGCUGAGGCAGAAUCCCUUUCCCAGUCGAUGGUGCAUGAACUGAUCCAAUGUCUGCAAGGAGCUGACCAGUUUCCACCUAAUGUGACUCUAGCGCUCCUGCUGGCAGGAGCCGAAGUCCAUGACCCAGAGGGAAGAAAGCAUAUUCUAUCAUUGAUUUUCAAGGUAAAAGGUGCAUAUUUCUACCCGUUUAUUUCCAAUCUGCGCAUGUUCCUCGCGCGUGUUUGGAAGGCCAGGGACCUUGGAACGGCGCGAUACCUUUUCCGUCUUUUUGAAGAUGACCCGGAUUUAAGCGUGCCGCUAUAA